GCAGCCGCGCAGAGCGCUCGGCUGAGUCAGGCUCCGCCAGGAGCCGCCUCGCUGCCAGCCGCGCUCCGCGCACUGCAGAGCCGCGGGCGCGUAUCUUGGAGGGGGAGGAUGAUGGAGGGAAAAGUAAAGCUCGCUGACGGUGCCGUGAACUACUGAAGAAACGAUGGAAAUAUCAAAUAUGCUGAACUUCACAAGUAAUGCCCAAGGAUGCUGAUCUGGCUUUCAAAGCUGCCUUUUUGGAAGGAACGGAAUUCCUUUGUGCUCUGAUUCCGAAAUUGUUCCCGUGCUUCUGUGUUUCCUCCCUGAUAGACACGAGAGGAAGCACCUCAUCCCGUGUUGCUAAAGGAAUAGACUACACCAAAAUGAGCCUCCAUGGUGCCAGUGGUGGACACGAGAGAUCGAGGGACAGGCGCAGGUCCAGUGACAGAUCUCGUGACUCAUCCCACGAAAGAGCAGAAUCUCAGCUCACUCCAUGCAUCAGGAAUGUCACUUCACCAACAAGACAGUAUCAUUCUGAUCGCGAGAAGGAUCACAGUUCAUCCCGGCCCAGCAGCCCCCGGCCCCAGAAGACGUCCCCCAAUGGUUCUGUGGUCAGCAUGGGCACCAGCAGCAGGAACAGCAGCCAGUCCAGCUCAGAUGGCAGCUGCAAGGCUGGUGGGGAAAUGGUGUUUGUGUAUGAAAAUGGCAAAGAGGGAGCUCGGAAUGUCAGAACUUCUGAGCGAGUAACGCUCAUCGUGGACAACACCAGAUUUGUUGUAGAUCCUUCCAUCUUCACUGCACAACCUAACACAAUGUUGGGCAGGAUGUUUGGAUCAGGCAGAGAACACAACUUUACACGGCCCAAUGAGAAAGGAGAGUAUGAAGUUGCUGAAGGAAUUGGUUCCACUGUGUUUCGUGCUAUUCUGGAUUACUACAAGACUGGGGUGAUACGCUGUCCUGAUGGGAUAUCUAUUCCUGAACUGAGGGAAGCAUGUGACUAUCUCUGUAUCUCCUUUGAGUAUAGUACUAUAAAAUGCAGAGAUCUGAGUGCUCUCAUGCAUGAAUUGUCAAAUGAUGGUGCUCGCAAGCAAUUUGAGUUUUACCUGGAAGAAAUGAUUCUCCCAUUGAUGGUAGCCAGUGCCCAAAGUGGGGAGAGGGAGUGCCACAUUGUUGUGCUGACAGAUGAUGAUGUUGUUGACUGGGAUGAAGAGUAUCCCCCCCAAAUGGGAGAGGAGUAUUCACAAAUUAUUUACAGCACAAAGUUGUAUAGAUUCUUCAAAUACAUUGAAAAUAGAGACGUGGCCAAAUCAGUUCUGAAGGAAAGGGGGCUCAAGAAGAUCCGACUGGGCAUCGAAGGUUACCCCACGUACAAGGAGAAGGUGAAGAAGCGGCCGGGCGGGAGGCCGGAGGUGAUUUACAACUACGUGCAGCGGCCAUUCAUCCGCAUGUCGUGGGAGAAGGAGGAGGGGAAGAGCCGGCACGUCGACUUCCAGUGCGUGAAGAGCAAGUCCAUCACCAACCUGGCGGCGGCAGCAGCCGACAUCCCGCAGGACCAGCUGGUGGUGAUGCACCCCACGCCGCAGGUGGACGAGCUGGACAUCCUGCCCAUGCACCCCGCGCCCAGCAGCAGCGAGCUGGAGGCCGAGGGCCAGAACCCCCCGCUCUGAUGGCGCUGCCCCAGCACAAGCAUGCUCCCAGUGACUGCUCCCAGCUCAUACACACUGCACCGCCAGUUUCUCCAUUGUGUUCCCGUGGUAGGAUAUUGCAGCAGGGACCUGGCACGGCCCCCGGGGAUGUCUGGUUGCUCUGGAGGAGUGCAGCUCGGGCUGCCGGGCUCGGUGACGUUCGUGUCUGUGUUUACCAGUAGGUUUGUGACGUGGGUGACUCGUGAGCUGGCCUGGCCCCGCUCCGCGGCCCCGCGGCGCUGUCGUGGCACGGGGUUAAGAAGCAGAGUGGGAAUUGAUAGUAGCACUUUACAAAUGGUUGAGAAAUGGAAUUUGAAGCCAUUUUUUAUAAAUGUAUUGCACAAUACUAACAAAGUGCUUCUAUCAAAGGUAUUAACUGUACAUAACUUUGCUCUGAAUAGAUUGACCCUUUUAAAGUUAUUGUAUAUGGUUGAGCACAAAACUACUUACUCUUGGGUUUUUGGAUUGAGGACGUGAUUCAAUGACCCAUGUAACAUCUUGUUCGAGUUCUUUAGUGAAUUUUUUCACUUGUUUGCAGCGUGAGCCAUGUUCAAAAAUUGUGAACAACGGACAGGGGCUUUAUCUUAAAUUCUGCCUUACCUUAAGCUGUUCACAAAUAUUUAUUUAAUACAUUUUUCUUAAGUGUCAUGAAAUAGGAAAAUGCAAAUGGUUCAUUCUUCAUUUAUUAAUGAUUGUAAACAAGUUUUUCAUGCAAAUAAACUUUCCAUUAUUUUAA